AAUUUUUAACGGAUUAAUUUAAUCCCACACCCCCAUGUCUUUGUCUUGCUUCCUCGAUCAAUCGAUCCGAUCCCAGCAUGAUGACCUCUUCUAAAAAUAUGUACAUACUCUUUGCGAUGAUGAUGAUGAGUUUUCUGAUCAAUCCGAUAUUAACAUCAUCGUCGUCGUGGACCUCGGAAGGAUUUGAUGAAUACUACUCAGAAGAAAGAGAGGCUUUACUAAGGUUAAGAGACUCUGUGAGCUCAAACUCCUCCAACUUGCACUCAAAUUGGACCGGCCCUCCCUGCAAUAACAUUAACAGCAGCAAAUGGUCUGGUAUUGCUUGUUCAAAUUGGCACGUUGUUCACCUUGUCCUAGAAGGAACUCGGCUAGCAGCUACUAUAGCACCAGCUGGUUCUCUUCCACCCACAUUUCUCCAAAACAUAACUUUCCUAAGCAAACUUAGCUUCAGAAACAACACCUUCUCUGGCUCUCUUCCAAACCUAUCAAAUCUUGUUCACCUGGAGUAUGUGGAUUUCUCAUACAACCGUUUCUGGGGUUCCAUACCUUUCGAGUACACUACUGAUUUGCCAAAGCUGGAACUGCUAGAGUUGCAAGAGAAUUCUUUAGAUGGGUCAAUUCCGCCUUUCGACCAACCAACACUCAGAGCUUUUAAUGUUUCUCAUAAUCAUCUCGACGGUCCAAUUCCUAACACUGGUGUGUUACAGAAGUUCCCCAAAAGCUCGUACGAUCAUAAUGCAAAUCUUUGUGGGAGUCCUCUGGGGAUAUCUUGUACUCCUCCUCCAUCUCCUAAUUCCCCGCCAAACGAUUCAAAAGAUGACCUCCCACUCGCUUUGAUUGUGGCUGCAGCAGCGGCGGUUCCCUUUUUUGUUAUAUUUGUAUUCUUAUGUUACUAUAAGAAAGUGCAUGGAAAAGAUGAAGCGACGUCAACAGAUCAGGCCGAGCAGACGGAGUGGGCAGUGGCACAAAAGAAAAUGCCUGAUGAUGAUCAUUUGGAUGAGAGGUUGGGGGAUCCUGAAAAGAGGGUCGAGUUGGAAUUUUUCGACAAGGACUUGCCCGCUGCGGCAUUUUUCGAUUUGGAUGAUUUACUUCGGGCUUCAGCCGAAGUGUUGGGCAGGGGAAAACUGGGAACUUCAUACAAAGUAACACUAGAAUCGGGCCCUGUCGUGGUGGUGAAGAGACUUAGAAGCAUGAACGAGUUGAGCAAAAAGGAAUUUGUCCAGCAAAUGCAAUUGCUAGGGAAGAUGAGACACGAAAACCUUGUACAGAUUCUCUCCUUCUACUAUUCCAAGGAGGAGAAGCUCGUCAUCUAUAAGUUUGUCUCUGGUGCCACUACUUUGUUUGAGCUUUUACAUGGUAAUAGAGGAGUUGGAAGAGUAGCUUAUUUGGCUUGGGCAACAAGACUAUCAAUUAUCAAAAGCAUAGCAAAGGGUCUGAUAUUCCUUCACCAAUCCUUGCGUUCACAUAAGGUUCCUCAUGCCAACCUUAAAUCGUCAAAUGUACUAGUUGUUAUCCGAGACGAAAACUACCAUGUGAAGCUUACAGAUUUCGGAUUCUUGCCACUCCUGCCUGCUCGAGAAUGCUCACAAAAUAGCAUUCUAGCAAUUGGUAAGUCACCGGAGUUGGCUCAAGCGAAGAAGUUGUCACAGAAAGCCGAUGUCUAUUGCUUUGGCAUUGUCCUACUGGAGGUCAUUACUGGCAGGAUCCCAGGCAAAGUCUCACCGGGAAGUGAUGAAACAAUUGAUGAUCUUUCCGAUUGGGUUAGAAUGGUGGUAAACAAUGAUUGGUCCACAGAUAUUUUGGAUGUAGAAAUGCUGCCAGCAAAAGAUGACCACGAUGACAUGUUGAAGCUGACCAACAUUGCCCUAGAGUGUACAGACAUCGCCCCAGAGAACCGGCCUAAAAUGAUUCAAGUAUUGAAAAGCAUUCAAGAAAUAGAGAGUAGUUCAAGAUGAUUUUAUUGGCGAGGAAAGUUUGAACUCAAAAAUUUAAUUUAUAUAAAUUGUAAAUGUACUUAAUUUUUUAAAGCUAUACGCACUCUUCAUAUUGAUAUUCAAAUCCCAAUGACUUCAUCAAACUAAUUUAAUUUUCAAUGUAAAAAC